AUGUUUUUAAACCUUCAGUUCCCCGUCACGGUGCUUCAAAACGGCGUGAAGAUCACGAAUGAGCCACCGACUGGGUUGCGACAAAAUCUCCUCCAGUCCUACACCAGCGACCCCGUCUCCGAUCCCACCUUCUUCUACGGAUGCCCUGACCGCGAGUCUGUGUUCGAGAAACUGCUCUAUGGCUUGUGCUUCUUCCACGCCUUGGUGCAAGAAAGACGCCAAUUUGGUCCCAUUGGCUGGAACAUCCAGUACGGCUUCAACGAAUCCGACUUGCACAUUUCAGCUAGGCAGCUGCAGAACUUCAUCAAUGAGUACGAACAGGCAAGUGGGCAACUUCUCCCCACCAUCAUCAUCAUUACAUUAUUAUUAUUAUUAGUCUCGAAAUGCGUGCCGUUCGAGGCAAUCAACUACCUGACGGGAGAAUGCAACUACGGUGGUCGUGUGACCGAUGAAAGGGAUCGACGUUGUCUGAUGACAAUCCUGCGUGACUUCUACUGUCCAGCGUUGGUAGCAGAAAACAAGUACAAACUGCCAACCAGUCCAAGCUACUUUAUACCGCCGAAAAUGGAGUACUUGGAAUACGUCGAGUUCAUCAAGAACCUGCCAUCAGUACAAACACCAGAGGUGUUUGGGAUGCACGAGAAUGUGGACAUAAUGCGUCAACAAUUGGACACAAAGGCCCUCUUCACGGCCGCCUUGUUGACCGUGGGCAGUAGCAGCAUCGGCGGUGGACAGAGCAGUUCCGGGAGCAGCGAGUCCCAACUCAACGACAUCGCCUCCGACAUCAUCGGGAAACUGCCCCCCAACUUCGACAUCGAGGGAACGUCUAAGCGCUAUCCACUGGUCUACCAGGAGAGCAUGAACACCGUACUUGUGCAGGAGAUGGAGCGCUACAACAAUCUCACCUCGACAAUUCGACACACCCUGUUGAAUCUGCAGAAGGCAAUCAGCGGUCUAGAGGUGAUGUCGGCGGAAUUGGAGAGAACCGCGGCCUCCUUGUUGAUUGGACGCAUUCCCGACGUCUGGUGCGCCCGAUCCUAUCCCAGUCUCAAACCCCUCGGCAGCUACAUCAGCGAUCUUUGUGAACGACUAAACUUCUUCCAGCGUUGGAGCGAGAACGAUAAACCCCCAACCUUCUGGGUGUCUGGAUUCUUCUUCACACAAGCCUUCCUCACCGGUGUUCUGCAGAACCACGCGCGUCACUACACCAUUCCCAUUGACCAGCUCGUCUUCGACUUCGAGGUGCAGCCCGUCCUCACCGUCGACACACCGCCGAGCGACGGCGCCUACAUCAACGGUCUUUUCGCUGACGGAUUUCGCUGGGAUCUGGAUAAAAUGAAACUAGGCGACCAGUUGCCGAAGGUGCUGAAUGAACCGUUUCCGGCGAUCCAUUUGGUUCCAGUGGAGGCGACCGCGCGGCGGCAGUCGAAGAGCGGCGAAAACAUCUACGUGUGUCCGGUUUACAAGACCAGUGAGCGCAGAGGAACUCUCUCGACAACAGGCCACUCGACCAACUUCGUCCUACCCAUCCUCCUCCCCUCGUUGGAGCCUGAGGGCUUCUGGGUUAAGCGGGGGGCGGCACUUCUUUGUCAGUUGGACAACUGA